CGCCCAACAGUCGAUCUCGAAACUCUCAACUUCUUCCAAACGAUAACUACAAUGGCCGACCACAGAGCACCAAAGGUCAAAAACAGGGCCGCCGCCCCGGUCCAGAUCACCGCCGAACAACUUUUACGAGAAGCUCAAGAAAGACAAGAAACUGGUCACUCAGCUCCUCGUCAAAAGGUUGAAGAUUUUGAAGAACUACAUGAAUACCGCGGACGUAAACGGAAAGAGUUCGAAGAGGUCAUCAGGCGAACUCGACAAGACUUAAGGGCUUGGACCAAAUAUGCGACUUGGGAAGCCUCUCAAAAUGAAUUUCCACGCGCUCGUAGCGUAUUCGAACGUGCCUUGGACGUGGCACCUACUGCCGAAAAGCUAUGGCUAACAUACUGUGAAAUGGAACUCAAAGCUCGGAAUAUCCAACAUGCUCGAAACCUGUUCGAUCGAGCAGUGACUCUUCUACCACGGAUUAAUCAAAUAUGGUACAAGUACGUCUAUCUGGAAGAACUCCUGGGUAACAUUGCUGGUGCACGCCAGGUCUUUGAAAGAUGGAUGGCUUGGGAACCGGAUGAGAAGGCAUGGAGCGCGUACAUCAAAAUGGAGGCCAGAUAUCAAGAACAUGAUCGGGCUAGUCAACUCUAUGAAAGAAUGAUUGCUUGUCAUCCUGAUCCUAAAAAUUGGAUCAAGUGGGCCAAAUUCGAAGAAGAUCGCCAAAAGAUUGAUCGGGCCCGUGAGAUCUUCCAGAUGGCAUUUGAAUAUUUCGGCGAAGAGGAAGAGGAUCUUGAACGCGCUCAGAGUAUUUACACAGCAUUCGCAAAGAUGGAGAGUCGACACAAGGAGUAUGAUCGAGCCAGGACUAUUUACAAGUACGCACUCGACCGGCUACCCCGGUCAAAAUCGGUCGGCCUCUACGCUUCGUAUACCAACUUUGAGAAACAAUUUGGUGAUCGUGCGGGCAUAGAAUCCACUGUGCUCGGGAAAAGACGAAUUCAAUAUGAAGAAGAGCUUGCUCACAGCAGUCAGCUCAAUUACGAUGUUUGGUUUGAGUAUGCUCGCUUGGAAGAGAGUGCCUUGAAAUCCUGUGAUCACGACUCUCCUGAAAAGGCUGUUGAGAGAAUUCGGGAGGUCUACGAAAGGGCGGUGGCUCAAGUGCCCCCUAGUGCUGAAAAGAGAUAUUGGAGGAGAUACAUCUUUUUAUGGUUGGGGUACGCCACAUUCGAAGAAAUAGAGACAAAGGAUUAUGACCGAGUGAGGCAGGUGUAUGAAGCCUGCUUAAAGCUGAUACCCCACAAAAAGUUUACCUUUUCUAAAGUUUGGGAAAUGUAUGCGCACUUUGAAUUACGCCGCCUGAACCUUGAUAAAGCUAGGAAGAUCUUGGGAACUGCCAUCGGCUUGGCCCCCAAGCCGAAAUCAUUCAAAGUCUACUUGGAUAUGGAAUUACAACUGCGAGAGUUUGAUCGCUGCCGGAAGCUAUACGAAAAAUUUCUCGAGUUCGAUCCUACUUAUCCAUCAGCCUGGAUUCAAUUUGCGGGUCUGGAACGUGGCUUGAUGGAAACUGAACGAGCACGAGCUAUUUAUGAGAUGGCAAUUGCGCAACCUGACUUGUACGAUCCAGAAUGUGUUUGGAAGGCAUACAUUGACUUUGAGGAAGAAGAAGAAGAAUGGGAUCGAGCUCGGACGUUGUUUGAGCGGUUGGCGUUGGCAAGUGGACACGUCAAAGUAUGGACCUCUUGGGCCAAAUUCGAGAUGUCAACAGGCAAGUCUAUCUCGGAUAGAUACCUGGGCUUGGAUGCUGAGGAUGAGGAAGAAAGCCCAGAUGAGCCGAUCGAAAAAGACGAAGUGGCUGCACAACAAGCACGUACUGAAGGAAUCAGGCUGGCGAGACAGGUCUUACAGAGAGGAUAUGAAGAUAUUCGUAAGCGAUGGAAAAACGAACCAGAGGGCCCGGUUCGGGACAAUCUAAAGGAGCAGCGAUCUAUCAUUCUAGAUCAUUGGAAGCUGCUAGAAACCGAGAUUGGGGAUGAGGUGGCGCUUUCUAAAGUAGAGGCGAUGAUGCCCAAGCCGAUGCGACGAUGGCGCAAAUUGGAUGAUACGGGCGACAAAGAAGAAUAUUGGGAUCUCGUCUUUCCAGAUGAUGAGAAGGAACGCAAUCCCGGAACUUUCAAGCUCCUCCAAUUGGCCCAUGCCUGGAAGGCCAAGCAGCAAGAGCAGCAACCUAACAAUCCUCCUCAAACGGAGCCCGCCAAAUCACCUCCUAAAAUCCAGAUCGACCUUCCAGCGGAAGAUGUUGCACAACAAAAUGCUCAGCCAAUCGUCUCGUAGAAAGCAAUCAACCACUAGCUCAGAUGAGAGUCCUCUGCCUUGUGUUUUUGUUUCAAUUGUCUUUCUCUUGAUUGGCUCGGUCCACAAUGAUUACUGUCUCUAGAUUAUAGAGUUGAUGUUUAGGAAGCAUUUCGCAAUCUAUGGUCAUCCUUCUUGCACUGAGAAAGCAUUUUUUGCCACUAAAUUGAACUUUGAUUCUUCACGGGGUUGUGCCUUGUUGUAUCUGGCAUGUUAACUUUGUAUGUGCACCAGGUGCAAUUGUCAAGCAAGAAGGAGUGGAAGAGAAUCGAUGAUGAUGGUGGUAUCUGAUGAGACAUGCAA